ACGGCUGAUGCGGAGGCCGCAAGCGCACUUAGUCCUGGCGGCGGCGAAGGGGAGAGAGAGAGAGAGAGAGGCGUGUUCUUUUGCGUCCGCACCUGGCUGAGGCGACGGCGGGCCUUAGUCGCCGCUUGCGCCGGCUGCUCCUCCUGCGCCGUUCCCUGCCUCGCCAGCGGCUUUGGGCCUCCCUCCCGUCCUCCUCUCCACCCCCGAGUCCCGGCUCUCCUCCGCUCCUCCCGGGUGCGUAUAUUCCUCCCGGGCGGCCUCUCUUCUGCCGCCGCCCCCCCCCUCCCAGCGAAGUAAGUGGGGGAAGGGGGUCUCCAGUCCCCGCUCCCUGGGAAGAAAGCCGUUCUCCUGGGCGGGAUCCUCUCUCUCUCUCUCUCUCUCCUUCGCUUGGAGUUUCUGCUUGCCUGCUUGCUUGUUUUUCUUUUUUAUCUGGAGAGGUUCCUUCUCUGCAUCCCCGGCUUGCCUCCUCCCCAGAGACGUCCCGUUCCUGCACCCCCCAUUGGACGGUGACUUCCCCCUUUUUUUAGAAAUAUAUAUAUUUCUAUCCUCCUCCCCGCCCCCAAGAUUGGACGCAGGGGAUAAUUCCCCCCAACUUUUCCUUGCACGUGCAUGCUUCUGCAAAGAGCAACAACACCCCCUCAUUUAUUGUUAUUUUUAAUUCUUUUCUGCACCAGAGUCGAUUCUCCCCCCCCCUUUUUUUUUUCCUGGUGCUUUUUGGUUUGACUUCUGACAGCUCCGCCUUAUUUAUUUUGUGGGCCUCGAGGGUUUCAUGCUUGUGUAAACUUUUCCUUCCCUCUCUUCCCUCUUUGCUGGGGUGGGAGAAGAAGCUGCUGCCAAGACGGAUUUAGGUUUAUUGAAGCUCCGAUGCAUUUCCGGCUUAGGCAUACCUUGCCUGAUCUUUUUUUACUGGGAAGGAUAAUGAAACCGAACCGUUUUCUCUGUUUUGCAGGCUAAGGAAGGGAUUGCUGGGAUCCAUCCUCCGCUCCCCUCAUAAAUUCAUCCCUCUCCCCAAUCCGGGCUGUUCCCUUCAUGCUGUGUGUCUCUUCUAGCAGUCGCUUUCUUCUAAUAUCAAACAAGGGGUUUACACAGAGAAAAAGAGAGGGCCUUGCGUUUUGUCUCUCUUCCUCCUCCUUCCCUGCCCCCAAUUUCUUUUAAUCUUCACUCAUGCUUCAUGUAGCAGCUUCCUUUGGUCCAACAAGAGCUGGGUCUCUUUACCCCACUGCUUAUAGGGAGGAGGCCUGGAAAACGUGAGAGCUUUCCCCCCCCCCCCCCCUUUUACCUGAAGGAGUGGGCAGCAAAAGAUAGGAAGGGAAAAGGUGAGUUCUGUCCCAUCAGUAAUGACUCCAAAGGACUCAUGAGAAGGGAAGAAGGAGCUCCCCCUUUGACAGACCCCCAUCUCACCUGCCUGGCUAUGGAGUGUGUGCAGGUUUCACCUGUGCAGCAACAAAGCAAAGCUGCUGAGGGGGACCGUGUGUUGCUGCUGCUGCCUGCCCCUGCUGUGCGGAAGGAAGAGGAGAUCCUUUUGGGGGGCUCUGACCCCUGGCCUGCUUCCCAACAAGAUGGUAUGAAGACGUUUCAAGACACUAAGGAGUUUUGUUCCAAAAGUACAGAGACCCUUCCCUCCCUCCAGGACCACCCUUAUGUCCAAGAUACUGUAGAGCGUUGUGCCUCAUGUUCUUUAAAGGAGGACCCGAAAGAGACAGAGAGUUGCGACGGGACAGAGGAGGACUUGAACCAUCUGCAGGAGGCUUUUAACCAUCUGCAGGAACGGUCGCCGGUCAACGAAGCGGCUGGCGGCAACUCUUUGGUCGCAGAACCUCUUGGGAUGAUCGCUCAAGAAUGCCUUAGGGACAAGGAACGGUCUGCCGCCGAGCAAAAUAACCAUUUGCACGACAAGGCUGAGUCCUCUUCUCAGAGCUGCUGUUUAAGCUUGGAAGCACCACCAAGUGGGGACACACCAGCAGGUGACUUGUUAAGUCAAGGUUCUCCAUCUAUGGAUGAGGGGAAGCUCAGAGCAAAGCACGUGACUUUCCCUUCCGAUGAAGACAUCGUGUCUGGUGCUGUGGAGCCUAAGGACCCUUGGCGGCAUGCUCAGAAUGUGACUGUGGAAGAGGUUCUCACCGCCUACAAGCAAGCCUGUCAAAAGUUAAAUUGCAAACAGAUACCCAAACUACUGAAGCAGAUCCAGGAAUUCAAAGAUUUAACCCCUAGGAUAGAUUGCCUGGAUCUCAAAGGUGAAAAAUUAGACUACAAGGCUUGCGAAGCUCUGGAAGAGAUUUUUAAGCGCCUCCAAUUUAAAAUUGUGGAUUUGGAGCAAACCAGCCUCGAUGAAGAUGGUGCCUCAGCCCUGUUUGAUAUGAUCGAAUACUACGAGUCCGCCACGCACCUCAACAUCUCCUUUAACAAACACAUCGGCACCCGGGGUUGGCAGGCAGCUGCACACAUGAUAAGGAAGACAAACUGCCUCCAGUACGUGGAUGCCCGCAACACACCUCUCCUGGAUCAUUCGGCUCCAUUUGUGGCCCGGGCUUUGCGCAUCAGCAACAGCCUGGUCGUCUUGCACCUGGAGAAUGCGAGCCUCUCCGGUCGUCCCCUCAUGUUACUAGCAACGGCUCUGAAAAUGAACAUGAACCUGCGGGAACUUUACCUGGCCGAUAACAAACUCAACAGCCUCCAAGACUCGGCUCAGCUGGGCAAUCUCUUGAAAUUCAACUGUUACAUACAGAUCCUGGACCUCAGGAACAACCAUGUCUUGGACUCAGGACUGGCCUAUAUCUGUGAAGGGCUGAAAGAGCAGCGGAAAGGCCUGGUCACCCUCGUGCUGUGGAAUAACCAGCUGACCCACACCGGCAUGGCCUACAUGGGGAUGACGUUGCCUCACACCCAGAGUCUUGAGACCCUGAAUUUGGGACACAACCCGAUCGGCAACGAAGGUGUCCGCAACUUGAAGAAUGGGCUCAUCAGCAACCGCUCCGUGCUACGGUUGGGCUUAGCUUUGACCAAACUGACCUGCGAAGGUGCUGUGGCCGUGGCGGAAUUCAUUGCGGAGAGUCCUCGCCUGCUUCGGCUGGACUUGCGGGAAAACGAGAUCAAGACGGGGGGACUUAUGGCCUUGUCCUUGGCUCUGAAGGUCAAUCACUCUUUGCUCAGGCUGGACCUUGACCGGGAGCCCAAAAAGGAAUCGGUGAAGAGUUUCCUCGAGACGCAGAAAGCCCUCCUGACCGAGAUCCAGAAUGGCUGCAAGCGCAACUUUGUCCUGGCCAAAGAGAAGGAAGAGAAGGAGCAGAAACUACAGCAAUCGGCCUCCAUGCCUGAGAUCACAAUCACGGAACCUCUGGAGGAGGAGGAGGAGGAGGAAGAGGAGGAGGAGGAGGACCAGCAGGCGGGAGAAGAGGACGGGCGGAACGGGGACGUGGUCUCCAGCCUGGAGGAAGUGGAAGAAGCGGCCGAAGCCUUGAUACCCCAGGAGAACGGAGCAGCGGAGCAGAGAGCAGCCGGCACCGUCGGUGACGGCAACAACCACCUCUGCGAUUCCGACUCAGAUACCGAAGAGGAGGAAGAGGAGAAGGAGGAGACGUUACAAAUAAAGACUUCCUCUCCGUUGGGACAGCACCGCCAGCCCAACCACGCUGAAGGACCCUUCGCGGUGGGUUCUCCCGAGAAGGGCCGGGCCACCCUUGGCGCCGAAUGCAGGACCUCCCUCUCGAACGCUGCAGAAGAAAUCAAAUGUGAAUCUCGAAUAGGGACCGCGAGCAGUGCGCCUCUGCAGGCCCAUUCUCCUGGGAACGAGAAGCGGAUAUCGGUUUCCAGUCCCGGCCGAGGGCACAAAAUCUUCGUGGUGACGCGGGUGGAGAGCUUGCCGGAGAAGGAGGAGGCAAGGGCAGCCCAUCAGAAGGCGGCCCCCGCAGCUCUGCCCGCCCCUCCGUCGAGGCAGGCGGACUCUCGGGGGCCCCAUCAGCCCGUAAAGACUGAAGGCUCGAAAACAGAGACCAGUGAAACUGUGGCUGGACCCACAGCCAGCUUGGAAAGCCCACCCCCCACGCCAGGUUCCCAUUUGGGCCCCGACAAAAUGAACUCUGGGCGCUGUGAGGACGCUGUCCACCUUACUCUGCUUCCUAACGGGGUGAAGACGGACUUCCUUUGCGUGCUGCCGGACGCCCCUUUGGGAUACGACGGGAAAAGAGCCAGCUGUGCUGCGGAACAUGAGUUGAACUGUUCCAAAAAUGAGAAGGAGCUGGAGGAGUUACUCUUGGAAGCCAGCCUAGAGAUGGGACAGGAACCAAUGUGACACUUUAGUUCUGAGCAGUUGCUGAGCAGCUGGUUGCUUUUGGGGAAAACACUAGCUUGACCCCCGGCCUCCACCGAGCGAUCCCAAAGUGGACACUGAAGUACUACUGGGGCAACCAAAUGCCUUGUCCCUUCCCAAAGAGCUUUGUUUCCAGAUGCACCCCCCCCUCUCCCUCCCUUCCCCCUCCCCUCUCCCUCUCUCCCCCUCUCCCUCCCUCCCACCUGCCUUUUUUUUGGCAUUUUCGACGUCUUCCUCUGCGAAGAGACCCGCCGUCUCGCAGGACCGAUCCAGGAAAACCGGCAAAGGGGAAACCUCGAUCCGGAGAAAAGAUCCCCCCCCCCGCGUCCCCCCCCCCAAAGGACGAACUCUCGAUACGGAUGGCCUCGGUUUUUCUCUCCUUUCUGGAACACUAGCCAAGGGCACUUGCAAUGUUUUUCUCCCCCCGCCUUCCUUCCUUCCUUCCUUCCCUUCCUUGAAGGGUUCCGCCUCUCCCACAAGCCAGAUUGAAUUUGGUCGGCUCUGGACCUCUCGGGCCGCUGCCGUCUCUUUUAAAACUUUUAAAAACAAACCAAGGAAAAAGAAAGAAAGAAAAGAAAGAAAGAAAGAAAGAA